UCGGAGUGGGUCUUUAAGGGUUACUUUUGUACCAAUAUUCUUCCGCGCGUGCAUUUUUAAGGCAAAGGAACUAUUUUUUUUUUAUGUUUUGACAGUCAGCUUCCACUUUGCCUAGAGUGCUCAGGUCACGCAGUUUGUGUAUCCCUGUUGCAAACUCACACAAGCUGCAUGUUGAUAACACUGUUGAUUUUGACGGUAUAAGGAUCAGCCGUGACAAUUAUAACCCUCUCUUAAGCCGCAGCCAAUGGGUGUGAGGGGCGGACAGAACCCGCUAGGGGAGUUGUCCGCGUCCAAGUAAUCCGAUUGGGCUGCUUUAAAAAGGGCAAACACGAGUCUGCUUUUACGCCGUCAACCUCCGCCUUCUGCCGCAGAACAGAAAUAGAUCGCUUUGGCAGGAAGACAAACUCUAGUAGACCGACCGUGGGCGCAAAUUAAGUCCCUUGAUUGGAGCUGCGGAGUUGUUUGAUUUUUAUUUUUAAGCGGUGUGUGUCUUCCUGUGUGUCAGCCGCGUUUGGUAGAAAAAGUAAGCUAACCUGCCCGGCUGAACACCAAGCCGGCAGCUGUUGAGAACACAGUUUGACCACAAAAGAUUGUUUAAUACUACCGCUUAUCUGCCAUCGAGUUCGUCAACACCUUCCAACACGUGCAUUAGUUUGAGGGAAUGGCGCUGGACUUCGCCGCUGGAUGUGUUGGAGGUGCUGCUGGUGUUUUAGUUGGGCAUCCAUUCGACACUGUAAAGAUGAGAGAGAGAAAUAUACAACCUCUCCACGGAAAUGUGACCUAGUGCGCCUUCAGGUUCAAAAUGUGGACAAACCUUUGUACCGCGGGACAUUUCACUGCUUCCAAUCGAUCGUACGGCAGGAGUCGAUGCUUGGUCUGUAUAAAGGCAUCGGCUCUCCGAUGAUGGGACUGACCUUCAUUAAUGCCAUAGUUUUUGGGGUUCAAGGCAACGCCAUGCGGCGGCUUGGCAGCGACACGCCUCUCAACCAGUUCCUGGCUGGCGCUUCUGCCGGCGCCAUUCAGUGCGUCAUCUGCUGCCCCAUGGAGCUGGCCAAGACGCGCAUGCAGAUGCAAGGGACCGGAGAGAAGAAGUCCAAGAGGAAGGUGUACAAGAACUCGCUGGACUGUUUGGUCCGAAUCUACAGGAAGGAGGGCUUCCGCGGGAUCAACCGCGGCAUGGUGACGACGUUGGUGCGCGAGACGCCCGGCUUCGGCGUGUACUUCCUGGCCUACGACGUGCUGACGCGCUCGCUGGGCUGCGAGCCAGAAGACCCUUACAUGAUCCCCAAGCUGCUGUUCGCCGGCGGGAUGUCCGGCAUCGCCUCCUGGCUCUCCACUUACCCGGUGGAUGUGAUCAAGUCACGCCUGCAGGCGGACGGCGUAGGCGGCGUGAACAAGUAUAACAGCAUUAUGGACUGUGUCAGACAAAGUCUGCAAAAGGAGGGGUGGAGAGUCUUCACCCGCGGACUCACGUCCACUCUGCUCCGCGCGUUUCCCGUGAACGCCACGACCUUUGCCACCGUGACUUUGUUUUUGAUGUACAUGAGGGAUGGCGAGGAAUGCAGGAUUCAGGACUCUGAGCCCCAGUCUGUGCAGCUGCAGCCUCUCCAGCAACAGACGCAGCCAACCAGCAUGUAAGGCGUUGUGCAAGUCACUGUCAGAGCUUCCGUUUUUAAAGAAA